GGAGGGUUAAAAAUCAGUUUUUGACCUUUCUGACCUCGAACCAAUGGAAGAGGAAGAGUUAGAGAAACGAAAGAAGAAGUGGUAUCUGGACGUGGAGAACACUCCAUGUGCCCGCGAUGCCCUAGUCCACGGCAUAGCUGGCAGUCUAGUGAUAGGGGCUCUCUAUUUCAUGAAGUCAAGUAAGCCUCCACUGAAUGAUGUUGUCCGUAGGUCAUGUGACUUCGCAGUGGGUGGAUUUGCUCUAACGUCCCUCAUCAGUUGGGAGCUGUGCAGGGUGAAUCGGGCGAAGGAGAGAGCAGAGAUCAAGAGCACGGUGACCAUCCUGAACAAGGUCACAGAGAUGAGGAGAAAGGAGCUGGAGGAGAAGAAGCGGACAUCAGAUGCUCCUUCAAACUCCUAAUACCUUCCAGAGUCUCAUUAUACAGUGUGCAUUGUUUGUAUCAAGAGCUGUUCUAUUAUAACUGCAGUAUGUGAUAGUGUGCAUAGGGUUCAUUGUGAGUGGUGACAGAGUCCUCUUAGAAUGCAAUAAUAUAUGGCUAAUGAAGGGGGCUCCCUCUUCUAGUCUUCGUCUGAUUCCUCAGGUUCCUCCCUCUCCCUCCAUUGCCUCCUGAGCCUCCUCCUGGGCCUUGCGGAGUGCUUCUUCCUGCUCCACCAUUGGGUCUGUAGUCUCUGUGAUGUCAGGUCCUGUGGGGUUGAAUCAGUCAGUGAAAAAACGAGUAUAUAGGGUGUAGUGUAGGUUGGUGGUGAGCUAGUUGGGGGCAGACCUGCUGGGAACUCUUCUUGCAC